GCUGGCCACAGCGGGAUGGGCCUGAGUCCGACCGCCAGCGGGGAGUACGGGAUCCGCCUCUCCAGGGUCCCAUGGCCGCGCCCCAAAUCCAUCUGGAGAACCUCCAGUACCGGCUCAAGUGACACCCAAUCUGCAACUGGACAGUUAGCCGUGCCCCACUCAGAGUCAGCGAGAUCUCAAGCACUAUUGGUCCAGCUCCUGCCUAAGCGGCUCAGGCAAAGCUUCAAGUUGGAACAGGCCGGAAGCUGGCCGUGCCGAGAGAAGUCGGUAAUUAACUUGGAGAUCACACCCAGCAAGAAGAGAACAGAGUUGAUUCCAACACCCAAGUUGGAGAUUGAAGGCAAACUGAAACAUCCAGCAGCCGAGGACAAACCAAGACCCAGACCCGGAGACCUCAUUGAGAUUUUUCGAAUUGGCUAUGAACAUUGGGCCAUCUACGUAGAAGAUGAUUGUGUGGUCCACCUGGCUCCCCCAAGUGAGGAGUUUGAGGUGGGCAGCAUCACGUCUAUCUUCAGCAACCGUGCUGUGGUGAAGUACAGCCGACUGGAGGAUGUGCUGCAUGGCUGCUCUUGGAAGAUCAACAACAAGCUGGAUGGGACAUACCUGCCCCUCCCGGUGGACAAGAUCAUCCAGCGCACAAAACACAUGAUCAACAAGAUAGUGCAGUAUAGCCUGAUUGAUGGGAACUGUGAGCACUUUGUCAACGACCUUAGAUACGGUGUGCCCAGGAGCCAGCAGGUGGAGCAUGCCCUGGUGGAGGGAGCGAAGGCUGCAGGUGCUGUCAUCUCUGCAGUGGUGGAUAGCAUGAGACCCAAGUCUAUAACUGCUUGAAGCUGCUGCGGAGUCCGAGCGCAGGAAGGGCCACUGACAGCGGCAGAGCAAACGUGCACCUUUCUUCCCUUUCGCCUUCCUCGCUCAGUGGCCCUGUUUAAGAAGACUAUGACUAUUCGAAACAUGUAAGUCCACUGAUCUCCACUGUGUGAGUGAAAUAGUAAUUUUGAUGGAAGAUCUGAAAUUGUUCCUGUGGAUUUUACUCUGUGGAGAGCUGAAGUCACCCAGAAAAGCAGAGAUGGUUUCUCCCAUGGCUCCGGAAGUGCCUGGAAAAUAUGGAGGACUCAGACAGCAUGCAUCCGCAAGAUGGAUCCCUCAGUGUGUUCCAGAGAGCUUUCAGGCUGCUUGCUCAGGGGCCUUUCUCCUGUCGGAAGGGAACAGACACAGUGGAACACUUUGGUGUUUGUCCUCCAUCCCUUUCUCAGCAGCCCAAACUUGAUACCUCAGGAGCCUGGGCUUGUUUCUUUCCCAGCAGCCUGUGUACUGUGCAUGGCCACCCUGGACACCUGUAGUCAGGCAAGCCUCCACUUCUGCGCAUCAUGACUAGCAAGAAGCCAGUCCCCACGCUUCCCCAACACCUGGAAGAUCAGCUGGGCUCCCAGUAGUUCUCCUUUAGUCUCUUACUCAUGGUAGUAUCUGUGUUGGGACUUCCUUCGAAACAGAAGCUAAGCACCAGGCCUCUGCAAGCACACCGCCUUUAGCUUUAAACACUGUCAUGUUUUAGUGGACUCCUUAACGAUUCUGAACUCUCGGACCACAUUGAUGUCUAAUAAGCAAACAGGGAUUUCUUUGAUUUAAAAACAGCUCUCCCACCAUAAAGUGUUUAGUGACUCUAAUAAGUGAACUCAGCCACCUCUUGCUCAUUGCUCUGGCUCUCUGGUGUGAACUCCGUGGGCCAAGUACAUCAUCUAUUAUGUUCCCUCAUCUAUUAAAAAAAAACCACACAAUUUGAGAGUGUGCCAGAUUCCACGUGCCAGCUGCUUUGUAUUUGUCAGCCUAUAAGCAGUGGUUCAGGGCACCCGGGUGCCAGACCACUGGCAUUCUGA